UUGGUCCGGUCAGACUGUACCGAAACGAGCUGGAUCCAAUCUGUGCUGUUCUGGACAAAUAUCCAAGUGGGUUCUUCGGAGAAACUUCUACUUGAGAGGAAACAACCCGUGAACUACCUCAAGAGGAAAUCAGAUUACGUACGUGAACCGAUUUCAAGAACCGGUUUAGAAUCGAUUUGGAAGAAAAUGAUCGAGCUAGAAAUUCCAACAAUGGCUUUCAAUCCAUACGGCGGUGCGAUGGCGAGGAUUUCAUCGACAGUGACUCCGUUCCCAUACAGAGCCGGGAACCUUUGGAAGAUUCAGUACGCUGCGAAUUGGAGAGAAGAUAGGUUAACCGACCGGUACAUGGAAUUGACGAGGGAAUUGUACCGAUUCAUGACACCGUUUGUUUCCAAGAACCCGAGACAAUCCUUUUUUAACUAUCGUGAUGUUGAUUUGGGGAUUAAUUCACACAAUGGGAAAAUAAAUAGCUAUGUUGAAGGUAAGCGUUACGGGAUGAAAUAUUUCGCGGGAAAUUUCGAGAGGUUGGUGAAGAUUAAGACGAGAGUUGAUAGUGGUAAUUUCUUUAGGAAUGAACAGAGUAUUCCUGUUUUACCAUAA